AUGACGACUGUCGCCGACUUCCACUCCACUCGCUACACCAGCUGGUGCCCGGAGCGCAAAGACAUCGACCAAUGGGCGAGCACUGUCGCGGAAGGCGGAGCUCCCAAAGACUGCCGCUUCCAGCCGCUGACGCUGCUCCCAGAGGAUCACGAAGACGCGGAGGCUUGUAACGAGUACGACUACGCGGCGUGCGCGGAGGAGGACCUCGACGCGUAUCUCGAGUCGCUUCCCAAGUCGAACCGAUGGACAGAAUUGGAGGCGUCGUGCGCGUGGCUGGACCAGGCCAACAUCCGCAUCGAGGAGCUCGACCUCACACAUGGGCUGCCGGAGCAUCUCGUCCUCAACCAGCCACUCGUCCUCCUCUCCUGGCGUCCCUUUAGGUCCACUCCACCACCACUCUUCCUCCUCCCCGGGCAUGACUGUAGGCCCACUCUACCAAUCCUCCUCUCCUAA